AUGCAGGCAUGCAAGGGUCAAACGAGGGUUUUAUCUCUCUUCAAAGGGAUAAAAGUCAAGUCUCCGCCGGCUGGGUCUCUUGCUGACGUCACGGAAAAUGCGACAGAGGGCACUGGGCCACAGGGCUCUUAUUGCUUCUUUGGGGCCUUACACACACUGCUAGCGGUGGCGGCACUGCCGGCGGGUAUUUGUCGCUGGCACCUGCCGCAGGUGGCUGCAGAGCAUGAAGCA